CAGUGCGCGACGACGCAUGCAGGACUGCGAAGGACGCAGGUGAGAGGCUUGGGGUGAAAUGAGUUAUAUUUAAAGGACCUGGUUGUGAUGGCGGUGUCGUGUCUGACUCGAGCCCUGCGCUCCCUGACCCUCUCCCAGCCCGCAUUGCUCUCCUCACAGGUGGUCGCACAGAGGGAGCUGGGAGCUCGGGUGCCCGGCGCGAUGGUCCAGUGCAGAGGCUUCCUCACCACAGCCUCUCUGCAGCAGAACAGGACUCAGUGGAAGCAGAGGGAGAAGUACACCAUCAAGCCUAUCGGAAUGAAAAAGACAGGAGGCAGAGACCACACAGGAAGAAUACGUACGCACGGCAUCGGCGGCGGUCAUAAGCAAAGAUACAGGUGGAUAGACUUCCAUCGUCUGCGGUAUGAACCCAACAAGGAGGGCCAGCCUUUUGAGGAGAAGGUUGUUGAAGUGCGAUACGACCCGUGCAGGUCUGCUGAUAUCGCCCUGGUAGCUGGAGGUGAGCGAAAAAGAUGGAUCAUUGCAACGGAGAACAUGCAGGCCGGAGACAUCAUUAAAACAUCUGAGGUUAUUGAACGCAUGGCAGUUUCGGCCAAUGAGGGGGAUGCUUACCCACUGGGGGCUCUUCCUGUGGGGACACUGGUGAACAACCUGGAGGUGCAACCUGGGAAGGGAUCAGAGUAUAUUCGGGCUGCAGGCACAAGCGGUGUUUUGCUUCGUAAAGUAAACGGAACAGCAAUUGUUCAGCUUCCUUCAAAGCAGCAGGUUCAGGUGCUGGAGACCUGCAUGGUAACAGUGGGACGCGUGUCCAAUGUCGAUCACAACAAACGGAUAAUUGGCAAAGCCGGUCGCAAUCGUUGGCUGGGCAUCCGCCCUUCAAGCGGCUUGUGGCAGAGGAAGGGAGGCUGGGCAGGACGCAAGAUUAAACCUCUGCCUCCGAUGAAGAGUUACGUCAAACUGCCCUCAAUCUCAGCGAACUCAGGAUAAAAUAAAUAAAUCUGAAGAUGAGCUGUUUGUACAGAAGAUUAAAAAUUUUUAUUAAACACAACUGCUUGUGAGAGCAUGGAAAGAAACAAAACAAUAUAAAAAUCCAAAACAUAUUUACAUCUAUAGUAAAACAUGCAGAAGUAACCCAUAUUUCUUUUUUUAGUGGUAAAUUUAAAAAUACUGUCAUGUCAUUUAAAAUAGGGUUUGUGCAAAGACACUGGGUGGCAUUUCAAGUAACGGGAGCAAUGAGAUGGCAUGAUGUAACUUUAGUUAGACCAGCAAUAAAAGGAUUAACACUG